AUACCGUUCACAUAGAUCAACAUCUCCCAGCGUGGUUUACACGGUCAAUAUGAGUCUGUAAUGUUGUUGACAAAAAAAAUAUUAAUAAAGCCGAAUAAAAAAUAUAAAUAAUAAUAUUAUAAAGUUACACAAUAUAUAAUACUAAAAUAGAAAUUAUAUAUUUUAAUACAUUGUAAUGAUAUCAAAUACAUUUAUAAAAUGAAAAAAAUAUAUGUACAAACGUGCGGGUUAAAAUCUAGUUCUUCUUAAAAUAAGCAUUGGCGUAUAAUAUAAAGUACUUUCUUUACUAAGUUCUUCAAUUUUGACGAAAAUAUGCAUAAUCUUGGGUAAUUAGUCACCAAAUCAAAUGUCAGUAAACUUACUUGAGGUUUCUCCCUAUAAAAUGGCACCAACUGUGAGUGUUGAAACCACACUUCUCCAACCAACGCUACCUUUGUAAUCUAUCUUUCAGCAAAUAAUGUCAAACCAUCUUCAAGUGCCCUGCCCUAAACCGGUUUCAACCAAAGAAGACCAGGAAGUCGACGAGAAAAUGAUUAGCUUGCACGCUGAGAGCAUCCUGAACACUAUAGCUUUCCCCAUGGUCCUCAAAGCUGCCUUGGAGCUCGGCGUCAUCGACACCCUCGCUGCUGCAGGCAACGGUACAUGGAAAUCACCGUCUGAGAUAACGGCUAAUCUCCCAAUCAAACCCAAGAACCCGGAGGCGCCUAAUUUGCUAGACCGGAUGCUGCGAUUACUCGUAAGCCACUCGAUCUUGAAAUGCCGUGUCAUUGAAACCGGUGGAACCGGAAACACCGAGAGGGUAUAUGCAGCCGAACCGGUUUGCAAAUUUUUCUUGAAAGAUAGUGAUGGUUCUGGUUCUCUUGCGUCUCUGUUCUUGUUGUUCCAUACCCAAGUCCAUUUCAAUACUUGGGACAAUCUUAAAGAUGUAAUACUAGAUGGAAAGGAUGCAUUCAUCUCAGCACAAGGCAUGCCACUUUUUGAAUACAUUAGUUCGGACCAACAAUUCUCUGAGGUGUUUCACCGGGCCAUGUCAGAAUCUGCCACAAUGGUGAUGAAGAAGGUUCUAGAGGUUUACAGAGGAUUUGAAGAUGUUAACACUUUGGUUGAUGUAGGAGGAGCAACUGGCACCAUAUUAGGUUUAAUCACUUCCAAGCAUCCUCAUAUCAAGGGUAUUAAUUUUGACUUAGCCCAAGUUUUAACCAAUGCUCCAUCUUAUCCAGGAGUUGAGCAUGUGUCCGGAGACAUGUUUGUAGAGGUUCCAAAGGGAGAUGCCGUCUUUAUGAAAUGGAUACUACAUGAUUGGACGGACGAACAUUGUAUAAAGCUUCUGAAAAAUUGUUGGAUGAGUCUUCCAGAAAAAGGAAAAGUGAUCCUUGUAGAGAUGAUUACACCAGUAGAACCAAAGCGUGACGACUUUUUCUCAAACAUCGUGUUUGCCAUGGACUUGUUGAUGUUAACACAAUGCUCAAAUGGUAAAGAAAGAUCUCUUUCUCAGUUUCAGAAUUUAGCAUUUGCUUCAGGGUUUCUACGAUGUGAAGUUAUUUGUCAUUCCUAUUCCUAUUCUGUAAUUGAAUUCCAUAAGUAGAUUUGGAAUUUAGGAAAAUAAAAGCAUAUGGAGCUUUUCAGUUCUUGAUGGUUUUCUAUUGCAUGGAAUAUAGUUUCAUGGUACUGGCUGCUUGUAUUUUUCCUUUCAACAUUGUGUGGUGUGUAAUAUUAACGAACUGUGAUUGUGAGAAGUGUUAAAGCGUGUUGUGCUUAUGCUAAAA